AUGGGCAUCUUCCUGGCCUCCGAUCGGGAGGCCAUCAUGCAGUGCGACGUGGGCAUGGUUUUCCUGGGCCGGCGGGAGCGCGUGUCCAUGGACGAGGAUGCCGACCGCGAGGAAGAGGAUGCAGGCGAUACCAUUGUCAAGCUCAUUCACAAGGAAGAUGACAUUCCGGAGCUGAAUCACGUGAGCCUGAAGGCGGAGCACAAGGCUGCUGCACUGAACUUGGCCAGAGUCGCCAGGAGGCAUCAGAGAUCGCUGAAGCCACUGCGACCGCCCUUGAAGCGACUGGCGGUGGGUGGGCACAUCAUCGUCCUGGCCGUGGGCACGGAGAAGGCGGAGGACUUGCGGCUGGGCAUCGAGCACUUCGUGAAGCCGUUGCGGCAGAACAUCAUCACCGAAGAGAUUAUCCCGGUGGUGGUGCUGUCAGCCAUGCAGCCGAGGGAUUGGUUCAACGUGGAGAAUUGCGAUCAGGUCUACUUCCUCCAAGGGUCUCCCACCUCGUUGUUGGACCUUCAGCGAGCCAACUUCACAGGCGCCUCCGCGAUCUUCAUCACGCACGCGGGUGCUGGGCGAGCUGACGCGGACAAGCAGGAGACGUGGACCGUGGAUUUCGAGGUGAUUUGCUGCACUCGACUGGUGGAGUCGCAGCUGCCGGUGGGCGUGGGGGGGCCCGAAGGUACGUUCUCAACUCGUCUAGAAUGGGACGCUUUCCAGGGAUCGCUUCGCUGGCCGAUGGCGUCGCCUCUGGCAGCCAUCAAGGAGGCCCAGGAGGGCAAGCACGGCUACGCGCAGGCGCUGGGAGAGAUCCGUCGGGGAUGCAAGACGAGCCACUGGAUCUGGUACGUCUGGCCUUGCCUGAAGGAGGUGAGGAAAACCUCCCGGCCGCAGUAUUCGCUGCGGAACGCGCAAGAUGCGAAGGCCUUUAUCAAGGACCCCCUGCUGCGGAGCCGUCUGCUGGAGAUCACCUCGGCGGCCUUGGAGAAGUUGGCGGCGGGCACGGCGCCCAAGGCGCUCUUCGGGUCCCGGGUGGACGUGGAGAAGUUCCAGGAGUGUGCCACCUGCUUCGUCCUCUGUGCGCUGGACUGUCGCGACCUGGAGCUGGCCGAGGCCAUGAUGGGCUGCUUGGAGGUCUUGGGCGGCACCUUGCACGACAGCACCGUCCAGUGCCUCGUCGACAGCGGCGUGGGCCGCGGUGCUCGGAGCUGUGAGGAGCUGAGGCCAUUGCUCACCGCGUUGACCCUGGAACUGAGGGCGCCGGAAGAAGCCAAGGUUCUCUGCGACCAAAAAGCCUCGCAAGAUUGA